UUCCUUACAGGACACUUUAUUUCCUUAAAGCUGCAGGGUUUUGUAAUGGCUCAGUCUCAAGUGGUGUGUUUGGAGGACAAUCAUGUCAACGAGAAAAUUCCCGAGACAAAACCCGAGUUUUACUACAGUGAGGAGCAACGGAUAGCCCUCGAUCAGCUGCUGCAACAUGGAGAAACGGGUUACCUGAACAGCACGAAACAAGACAAGAUCCGGCACUUUGUUUCAGCCAAGGAGAGAGAGAAAAUUCUUCAAACUUUCCAGAAAUAUGAUCUGGACAAGGAGGAAAGUCCGAUUCAAACGAAAGGCUCGAAGAAAGCCAAAAGUGAGUCGGAGGCGCACUCAACUUACUGGCCGGCGCAGUCCGACACAAAAAUACCUGAACUGGAUAUCGGCUGGCCAGAGGCGCUUUAUUACAAGGGGGCAACACGAGUGACAGUUCAUACCCACCCUCCUAAGGACGACGGGCCGCACAUCAAGCAAGUGGUCCGACAGAUGAUUCAGGGGGCACAGAAGGUGGUGGCCAUAGUAAUGGAUGAGUUUACAGAUAUUCACAUCCUGAAGGACCUUGUGGAUGCCAGUUCUAAAAGAAAAGUGCCAGUCUACAUCCUCCUUGACAUGGAAAAUGUCUCAUCUUUCAUCCAGACAUGUCGGCAACUUGAGCUGAGUGAACUACAACUGAGAAACAUCCGGGUCAGGAAAGUUGAAGGUUUUGGGAUGUACCUCUCCUGUGGGAAAGUGCCAGGAAAAAUAUCAAGCAAAUUCAUGCUGGUGGACUGUGACAAGGUCAUGACCGGAACAUACAGUUUCACAUGGAUGGCUUCUCGUAUUGACCGGAACGUCAUUACAGUUAUGAAUGGACAAAUUGCAGAUGUAUUUAACCGGGAUUUCCGGGAAUUGUAUGCUGUUUCAAAGACUGUGCACAUAUUUAAUGAAUUAGGAAUCCCUGUUCCACCCAAACCAGUAAAAACAGAGUCCAAGGCGGAUGUUAAGCCCAGCACAAAAGUCACAUCUCGUUUUGAGACAGCGGCAGCCAACAAUGGCUUUUUAAACAUUGCUGCCCCGGCAUACAAAUUUAACAACCCAAAGUACAACUUGGUCACUGGGAAUCCCUUACGCAACUCUUACCAGAAUCUGGCCAAAGUGGGAGGAUCGGUCGGAAAUGCUGACUCUCCUGGCAUCAUGCGCCGCUUCCUGCAAGACAGCAAAACAACUACUGCCAGUCUUUGUGACACAGACAUUAAGAAGAUUCCCGAAAUUGCACAGACUAGUGAGGCCGAGACCAAGAAGAAUUCUGCAAAUGUACCGCCCUCGCCAGCCACACCACGUCCAGAAACAGGAAGGAGGGACAGCUCAGUAAAGAAGAAGUCUUUCAUUCUUAAAAUAUUCAGCGGCAAACAAAGCACAAAGAACAACCAAAACACUCCCACCAUCAACAUCAGCCAGGCCAGUGGAAGCCAAAAAAGUCUUGAUGUGGUGAAGGAAGAGGUUCCAAAAUCAGAUGGCAAAGCGAAACCUGGAAAGACAUUAGAGGGCUCAGUGCAAACUUUGACCUCUUUGGUUGAAGAUGGAAAGGAAAGUCCAAGUCCAAGCAGAUCCAAGGACCACAAGAAGGGAAAGAAGGAUUGCAUCAUGUCUUGAGACAAGUGAAAAAAAAAGUAAUAAUAAUGGCAAAAAUGUAAAAAACAUGCAAGAAAAAAAUGAAGUGAUGUACUCAUGGUUUGGAAUGUCCCAGAAAACACAUUCAGCCGUUGCCAAUUCUUCAAGGAAAAGUAGAUUUUUUGGUCAUUUUUAAAAUGUGGUCAUUAAAUGUGGCCAGUUGUUUAUUACAUAUGAUGAAUAAGUGUGGUGGGAAGAGUUCAGUAUUCUUUUCUCAUAAAGAAAGCAAUUCAGUUGAAAUGAACAUUGCCACAAACAAACAGUCCAUUCCAGAGUGAUGGCAUUCUUGUGGCUGAGGUAAUGAAACUGAAGUAAUAAUGAGUUUUUAAAAAUAACCCCACUCUCCAAAGGACGAUCUUCUAAGACACCUGGAACUUCAGGAAGCUAACAUGGAAAAGCCGACCAGGUGUGGAAGAGUUAACUGACUGGAAUGACUUUGGGAAUGUUGGGAUUAUUCUAUGGCGCAUCAUUACCUGAUAGUGGGAUGAAACAUGUUGGGGUGAUGGGAUUAACUCUGUGUCAGUGUCAUACUUGAAGAAUAGCUUGUAAAUAGAAGAUUAGGAAAUCAAAAAUUCUGUUAGAACUUCGGCUGUUCUAAUCACUCUCUCUUUGUAAGAAUGAGGGUUAUGAGGUGACCCGCCAUACAUCUGUUACUAGUAUGGAAGGGCACGAUGGACUUCCCCAGAAGGUCUAACACUUCUAUCACGGUACCUCAAUUGAGAAAAAAAUGACAAAGGACAAUCAUUACUUUUGAUUCAAUGAUGAUCUUGCUCACUAUAUACACAACCAUAACUGAAUCGAAGAAUGGGGAGAAAUGUUUUCUUUCCUAGGUGGAAUUCUAUGGCCAUUUGAUUUUACGGGACAAUACAUUUCUAACCUUCAGGAUGAUUUCAGCCAUAGGAAUUGCAGUGUUAUAUGACGGUCUAAAUGCACUCUGAGGAUCACACCCUUACAAUUUUGGACACUUUACCCAUUCAAUCAGUGGUUCAGUUGUAAGUCAACCAAUCUGCAAUUCUAUUCUUGUGCAUUAAACACAAAUCUUUAGACUUGUAUUGCAAUCGUGUUUACAUUCAGUAAUUUUCCUAGUAAUAAUGGAUAAUAGAAGCUCCUUUUGCCUCUGGGAUAUUUCACAACGUUGGGCUCUAAGGGCUAUCAUGUUUAUUUUUUCAUGGCUUUAUGUGAACGACGGUACAUGUUCAUCUGAUGUCAUUGGAUUGUGAGACGGCGCUAAAGAAGACACAAUGCAUCAUAGCGGUGGACCUUUUAUGAACUGAUUUCAGUUUAACUGUGAAUCAUGACAGCCAACCAAGCAAAAUUCUAUGGACUCCCAUUUGUGGGCAACAAAGGGAAACUUCAGAAGGCUGGUAUAUUUCUAAGGGGUAGCUAAUGUUAUUUACAGACAUCUUUGAAGUCAGCAUUCCUGAAUGUGUCUCUCACAGGAAAACUGAGCGUCUAUCACCUUAGCGGAGUCAUUUUGCUAUAUAACAUUCUUAGGGCAUCUGAAAAUGCUUCAAGUGAAUAGAAGGUACUUGUCACAUCAGCAGGGAAAAAGGGGUCUGUAAAAAUCAAAGCAAGGGCAAAAAUAUGUAUGUAAAAAAUAUAAAU